AUGGGAAAUUGUAAUAACAGCAAAGAUGUAAAUUAUGAUGAUGUUUUGUGUAAAUUAUUUCAAUUAAAUUUAAGUGCCUUGUAAAAGUGAUUUUGCUCUACUUUUUGUUAUUGGUAGAGGUGGUUUUGGAAGAGUUUGGAAAGCUGAAAAUAAAAAAUCAAAAUAAUAGUUUGCAAUAAAAGAGAUGAAUAAAUGCAAGUUAAAAUUUAAUUAUAAAAAAUAAGGAUAAUAAAUAAGAAAAGUGUUAGUUCAGUUAUGAAUGAGAGAUAUUUAUUAAGUAAUUUAAGACAUCCGUAAGAAAAUAAAACUAAAUAGGUUUUUAGUAAAUAUGCAUAGUGCAUUUUAAGAUAGAGAAAAUUUAUAUUUAGUAAUGGAUUUGAUGUAAGGAGGUGAUUUAAGAUAUCAUUUAUGCAAACAGAGAAAAUUUAAUGAAAAAUAGACAAGUAUAGAUUAAUAUAAAUUUUAAAAGAAUUUUUUAUAGCAUGUUUAUUGUUAGCAUUAGAAUAUCUACAUACAAAUACAGUAUUACAUAGAGAUAUAAAGCCAGAAAACUUAGUAUUUGAUAGGAAUGGUUUAAAAUGAUUUAAAUAAUAAUAGGUUAUUUAAGAUUAACAGAUUUGGGUAUAGCUAGAAUUUGGAAACCUGAUAAUGAUAAUGAUACAAGUGGAACACCUGGAUAUAUGGCACCAGAAGUAAUGUGUAGAUAAGCACAUGGAGUAGCAUCUGAUUAUUUUGCAGUUGGAGUAAUAGCUUAUGAAUGUAUGAUGGGAAAAGUAAUUAAAUUCUUAUUAUGUAGAGACCUUAUAUAGGAAAGACUAGAAAGGAAAUUAGAGAUUAAAUUAUGGCUAAAUAAGUCUUAAUUAAAAUGAAUUAAGUCCCAGAAGGAUGGUCAGAAGAAGCUGCAGAUUUUAUUAAUAGAACUUUACAAAGAAAACCUAUGAAUAGAUUAGGAUUUAAUGGUCCUGAAGAAGUUCAAUCACAUCCCUGGUUUAAAAACAUUGAUUGGAAUUGUUUUAUUAAUUAAACAGCUACAACUUAUUAUUCUAUCAAUGUAAUUAAUAUUUAAAUUAUUUCUUUAGAUCAAUCAUGAUAAUUUCGAUGCUAAAUUUGCUAAUAUGAAAGAAGAUGAAGAUCCUGAAACUUCCCUAUUAAAUGGCUAAAUGUUAAGAAGAUAAUCAAUACAAGAUUAAUUUAAUGGUUAUACAUACGAUUAAAAUCUAACAUAAUAAUAACCAUUAUAACAUAGUAUUAGUACUAAAUAAACUGUGCCUAAUUUAAAUACAUAAUAAUUAACAUCUGCUAAAAGAACUAAUAUUGAAGAAACUAAUCCUUAAUUAUCUUAAAUGUCUUCUAAAAAAUAUAAUUUAAUUUCAUAAACUCCUAGAUAGUAAACAAGAUAAAUUCUUACUAGUUAAAAACCUUAAACUGAUCGAAAUCAUUUUACUAACAAAUUCUAAUUCAACUGA